AUGGCGAACAUUCAAACCGAAAAAGUUAAACUGUUCCCAGGGGGCGAAUCGGUGUACUAUGUAAAUCCGACCCAACCCAGGGGAUGGACCAGUUCAAUCUCCUCAUCCAGCAUGACCACCAGCAGCAGUGAAUCGACCGGUGCCCUAUUACCGGUUUAUCUUAAUGAAACCUUGAUACGCAGGGCACUCGAGCAUGGCCUCGAAUAUCCCCGACGAGUGGCGGUUAAAGUCGAUAAGUUUAUCAUAAGAAGUGCUACUACGGCGGGUGAUAACUAUCUGAGUGAUGUGUUCCGGAUGUGGGCAAGCUACAAGCGUCUGCCGCCGGGCGGGCAAGUGGAAGAAAUUUCCCUGAUCGUUAAGUGCAUGCCUGACAAGGGACAUCGAGGGUCCGUUAUUGAGCUGCUGAAUGCAUUCGACAAGGAGGUCAAUAUGUUUCGAACGGUUGUUCCCGAGCUGUCCGCAAUGGUGGAUAAUGAAAUGUUUGCAGCAAAAUUGUAUUACGCCACAACCGAUCCGAUUCGAAUGAUAGUUUUUCAGGACCUAAAUGCGGCGGGAUUUACCAUGGCGGAUCGCACCGGUGGAGGGCUCGAUUAUGACCAUUGUGCGGUAAUAAUGCGAAAAAUUGCAAAGUUCCAUGCAUCGUCGAUGCUGUUGGCCGCUAGUAGCGCAUCGAGGCGCCGAGAGCUGGAACAGCAAUUUGAGUAUGGCUUCAUGAACCCUCACGUGGCCGAUGACAGCAACACAGUUCUGGACAUUUUUGCCAGUGGAUUUGAUACUCUAAUCGAAUGUGCCGAAAAAUGGCCAGAAUUCGAUCGGAACAUUUUGGAAAAACUGAAAUCGAUGAGACCUCGGUACAGAGAACGUGUGGUCGCUUGUUUGAAUCAGAAGUUUUCCGAUGGUUACAAGGUAAUCAAUCACGGUGAUUUGUGGAUUAACAACAUACUGUUCCGGUAUAACUCCGAUGGCCGACCGGAGGAUGCCGUCUUCGUAGACUACCAGCUGAGUUUCUACACCAGUCCAGGAAUUGAUUUAAACUACUCGCUUAUGAACUGUCCCACGUACGAAGUGCGGGAGAAUCAACGUGACAACUUAAUCAAGGAAUAUCACACGAGCCUCGUGCAAGCAUUGAAGGGCCACCACGGGCAAAUUCCUUCUCUCGCCGAUGUGCAAAUGGAGAUCAAAAGGAUGAGUUAUUUUAGUCUUGCGGCAGCUAUCUCAAUUCUACCGAUAGUAACAAUGGAAGCCGCCUCCGAUUUGGACGUCAGCAUCGAUGCUAUGGUUGACGAGAGCAAAGCCGAACGGUUGCGGCAAUUUCAGUACAACGGACCUCGUUACCGGAAAGCCAUUACCAGGUUGAUGACUCUGUUCGAUAGUGAAGGUUUACUGGACUAG